AUGUCCUUCAAAAGCCCACCACCAACUCCAACCCACAGCACCCUAACUUUUCCCGCACCUACAAUCCUCCUCGUUACGCUCUCCCGACCUAAAGACCUCAACUGCAUCAAUUCAACCGGCCACAAUGAGCUUCACGCAAUCUGGGAGUGGAUGGACGAGGAGCCGUCACUUCGAGUUGGGAUUAUAACUGGUGAAGGGAGAGCGUUUUGUGCUGGGGCUGAUUUGAAAGAAUGGAAUGCUAGCACGCAAUCUUCAAAGCCGCGCAGUCCUAUGCCCUCCAGCGGUUUCGGGGGGCUUUCGCGCCGGAACGGGAAGAAGCCAAUCAUUGCUGCUGUGAAUGGGUUAUGUCUAGGCGGAGGGUGUGAAAUGAUCACGAACACGGAUGUAGUGAUUGCAUCCGAGAAGGCAUUUUUUGGGUUUCCGGAGGUGCAGCGCGGGGUAGUCGCUUGGGCCGGGGCGUUGCCACGGAUUGUGAGGACGGUUGGAAAGCAGCGGGCAAUGGAAAUGGUGCUUACUGGGCGUAGGGUAGAGGCGAGUGAGGCGGAGAAGUGGGGCUUUGUGAAUGAGGUUGUUAGUGCAGAGAAAGUUGUUAAGAGGGCUGUUGAGGUUGCGCUGCAGAUCGCGGGCAAUAGUCCUGACGCCGUGAUUGUGAGCCGGCAAGGGGUCAAGAUGGGAUGGGAGGGAGUUAGUGCCGAGGAAGGGACACGCCUGCUUGUUGAGAACUGGGAGAAGAAGCUGACUGCUGGCGAGAAUAUCAAGGAGGGUCUGAAAGCAUUUGUCGAAAAGAGAAAGCCGGAAUGGAAAGAAAGUAAAUUGUAG